AUGGUGAAUUCUACACAGCAUCCAAUGCUCAUCUACUCCAGUAACGCAACAGUGACUUCACCCCACAACAUGAGUACGUCUGGAACUAGUGGUGUCGCUGACGUCACAUCGCUCGAUCAAGAUCUACAGGAAUUAAGACGCAACAAGUUCUCACCGAACGCAAUCGAAGAAAUCAGCAAUUGGAUCUUCCGCACAGUGUUAGGGGAAUCUUCCGAGCCUCCAAAUGCAGCACAAUUACUGAGCAGCCUUAAGGAUGGAACAGUCCUGUGCCGUUUAGCCAAUAAGAUCAGCAGUGCUGAUGAUGCUGGCAAUUAUGUGCCAAUAAAAUUCAAAGCCUCCAAAAUGCCCUUUGUGCAGAUGGAGCAGAUCUCGCAAUUUCUGUCCUUUGCACGAGAAUAUGGCGUUCCCGAAGACGAGCUUUUCCAAACUGUCGAUCUCUUUGAAGAGAAAGACCCAGCAUCUGUUUUCCAAACACUCAAGUCUUUGUCGCGCUACGCCAACAAAAAGCACUCGCACGAGUUUCCGGUCUUGGGACCCCAGCUUGCGACCAAGAAACCGCAGCCUCCGAAAGCUCCAAAGCCCAAAAGCCUCCAAGGGAUCGGCUGGAGCUCCAUGGAGUACGGCUCUUUGAAGGGUGCAUCGCAGUCCACCGAGGGUGUGGUUUUUGGCCAAAGAAGAGACAUUACGCGGUGA